ACGCUAGUUGAGGACAGUAAGACCGCUAAUGUUAAUGUUACAAACACUGUUUCGGGUGCGCCUAGUGUUAAGCGUAAUACACAUGGCUCGGUUCCGACUUCAGAGUCAAGGCGGCUGACUAACUGGGUGACUGUCAGGCGGCCUAGUCACAUUCGGCAUCCAAAUCACGUUCCUGUUUUAAUAUCAAACAGAUUUUCUCCACUCAGCAAUACACCGGCUGAGACAUCUGUUAAAGGUGCUCUGGUUAUUGGAGAUUCUAUACUCAGGAACGUUGGCAUUGAGGCACCAGCCACCAUAGUCGAUUGUAUACCGGGAGCCAGAGCGUCUGACAUUAGAUCCAAACUUAAAGUGCUGGCUAAUGCUAACCGUAAGUUUUCUAAGAUUGUUAUUCACGCUGGCACGAAUGACACCAGACUCCGCCAGUCGGAGAUCACCAAAGAUACUAUUAAAGAGGUGUGUGAAAUUGCAAAAACAAUGUCAGACAAUGUAAUUUGCUCUGGUCCCCUCCCCGCCUACCGGGGGGAUGAAACUUACAGUAGAUUAGUGUCUCUUCAUGGCUGGAUGUCAAAGUGGUGCCCUCAGCAUCACGUAGGGUUUAUAGACAAUUGGAAGCAUUUCCGGGGAAGACCUGACCUGCUAAAGAGAGAUGGCCUCCAUCCGUCUCCGGAAGGAAGUGCUAUACUCUCUAGAAAUCUGACCAAUAGUCUUACUUUUGAUAUUGUCUGACUAUCCAGGGCCCAGGUCAGGAAACAGACAGAUCGGCUUACCCAUCAGUCUGUUAGCUGCCUUGACAUGUCAAGAUCACAUAUAUCCCAGCACAUAGAGCCUUUUUUAACAGAGUACCAACACAUCUCGACUGUGUCUGUUCCUCGAACAAAUAAAUACAGAGCACCGUUUACCUCAUCUCGUACAAAUCUUAUUAACAUAAAAUUAGAACACAAUACAUUAACAGAUGAAACUCAAAUGUUAAAAUUCGGCCUUCUUAACAUUAGAUCGCUUACCAAUAAAGAACCAAUUAUCAAUGAAAUAAUUACUGACCAAAACUUAGAUGCACUCUGUUUAACAGAAACCUGGCUUAAAGCAGACGAUUACACCAGUUUAAACGAAUCCACCCCACAAGACAAUACUAUAAACAUGUUCCUCGUCUAAAAGGGAGAGGGGGUGGUGUAGCUACAAUAUACAAUAAAAUAUUCAAAGUAAACCAUAAAUCCAACCUAAAAUUUAAUUCGUUUGAAAUAAUACUGUUAAAUAUGGAAAUAACUGAUCGCAACAACAAACGGCUUUCGUUCAUUUUAGCUACCAUAUAUAGGCCUCCGGGCCACCACACAGAUUUUCUUAAAGAAAUAGCAGACUUCCUAUCUGAGCUAGCAGUCACUGUAGAUAAAGCUCUUAUCGUUGGUGAU